AAAACUCAAUCUUGUUUUUUGUUAUAUACUAUGGGUAACUAUAUUUCUUGCACUUUAUCAGGACCAGGAGGAAACAAGCAAUCAAGAGGGGUAAAAGUUAUAUUCCCAUCUGGUGAAAUCAGGCAUUUUUAUCAACCAAUCAAAGCAGCAGAGAUUAUGAUGGAAACUCCUAAUUUCUUUCUUGUAAACACUAGGUCACUCCAUAUUGGAAGGAGAUUUUCUGCGCUAAAUGCUGACGAAGAUCUUGAAAUGGGAAAUGUUUAUGUUAUGUUUCCAAUGAAAAGACUGAAUUCUUUUGUAUCAGCUGCUGAUAUGGGUGCUCUGUUACUUACUGCUAACUCUGUUUCCAAAAGGGUGUCAAUAGGGAGUUUCAGAAUCUUGCCUGAAUCGUCAGUUGCAGAAACUGAACAGAUACAGAUACAGGGGAAUUAUUAUGAAAAAUCGACUUUGCCUAAGUUGAAUUUGGAUGAUAUUGAAGAUUUUUCAAGUGAAGAAUUUAAGCAUAGGUUAUCUAUGUGUAGAUCGAAGAAGCCAUUGUUGGAAACUAUUGCUGAAGAACCAGUUUGUUUAAGAAGAGGAUUUUGAAGAAAUUUUAUUAAUUCAAAUUCUCUUUGAA